UCCGAGCUCGUUUGGAUUUGGUUCCCAUUUAAAACAAAUAAAAAAUCAAUCUAUCCAUUCAAAUUUCCUGUAAAUGGCGAUCUCAGUAUGCACGCACGGCUUCUCCAACUUCAAAUCUCUUUCCACCCCGCUGCAAGUGCGAUGCUCCUCUGGAAAAGAGACUCAAUUGAGGGAGGAUUGGAGGAGGAGGUCGAAGCCCAUCUCCCCUGGCGGCGUUUAUCCCGCCAAAGACCAUUGCAGUCAAUGCGGAUUAUGUGAUACUUACUUCAUUGCUCAUGUAAAGAAUGCUUGUGCCUUCCUUGGGGAUGGCAUGUCAAGAAUUGAGGCCCUAGAACCAAGAGUGCAUGGGAGAGGUAGGAAAGAAGACUCACUGGAUGAUUUAUACUUUGGUGUACAUGAGGAAAUGAACUAUGCACGGAAGAUUGAGCCUGUGGAAGGAGCACAAUGGACAGGGAUUGUGACCACAAUUGCUAUCGAGAUGCUACGCUCUAACAAAGUGGAUGCAGUCAUUUGUGUCCAAAGUGAUCCAGAAGACAGGUUUAUGCCACAGCCAGUGGUUGCCAGGACCCCAGAGGAAAUUUUAGCAGCGAAAGGGGUGAAACCGACAUUAUCACCUAAUUUGAAUACACUAGCUGUUGUUGAGGCACUAGGAGUGAAGCGACUGCUUUUUUGUGGAGUAGGUUGCCAAGUGCAAGCAUUAAGAGCAGUGGAACAAUAUUUAGGGCUUGAAGAGCUGUAUGUACUUGGCACAAAUUGUGUGGAUAAUGGACCAAGGAAGGGCCUUGAUAAGUUUCUAAAGGCUGCAAGUAAUAGCCCUGAAACUGUUUUACAUUACGAGUUCAUGCAGGAUUACAAGGUUCAUUUGAAGCAUUUAGAUGGUCAUAUAGAAGAGGUUCCAUAUUUCUGUCUUCCAGCAGAUGAAUUAACUGAUGUCAUUGCUCCUUCUUGCUACAGUUGCUUUGACUACACAAAUGCAUUGGCGGGAGGUGGACAGGGUAAUGGAGGUAAUGGAGGUAAUGGAGACGCAUCGGUUAACAGGGGAACCGGGACAUAUGCUAGAGCAAGUUCUUCUACUACGACACCACUCAUGCCACAGUUUCCUCCGAGACAGAAUGACCAGAAUAAUGCCGUUCCUACACAACAAGAGAUUCAAGAUAUGAUUAUGGAUGAUUGGAGGAACUCUAGCCCUGAGUUACAGGUUGAGAUGACAUUCAGGGAAUAUAUGGAUGUUAGACUCAAGAAUAUGCCCAUGAGAGGAAACCGACAACAGAAUUAUGAGAUGAGGAAGAAGUUGGGAAAGUUGUCUAUUCCAUACUAUGAUGGUACAGGGAAGGCUUCAGCACGAACAUGGGUCCAAAAAUUAGAUACUUAUUUCCAGCUUAAUCCCAUGCUUGAGGAGGAUGUGAUUAAGUAUGCUGCAUUGCACUUGGAUGGGAGUGCACACGAGUGGUGGCACCAUGGUAUGGUCACAUUGGGCCAUAACCAGAUAGACACAUACGCAAAGUUCACUAAGAGGUUGAUUGACAGGUUUGAUACGAAGGAUCCAGAACUCCAUUUCAAGGAGUUAGCCCAGUUGAGACAGUGGGGUCCUUUCGACAGUUACAUCUCAGAUUUCCAGAGUCUAUUAGUGUUGGAUGCCAUUCGGAAGGCGAGAGAUCUUGCACCUUUUGCUUCUAGGAGUAAGUUCAUUCCUAAGGAUCCACACUAA